GUGUCCGUCAAGAUGUUGUGUCUACCAAGAUUCAUCACAUGGCUGCUCUGGGCCAUUGCUUUCGGCCAUCUUGCACAAGCAGCCCCUGCCUCCAAGGCAUCAUGCAGCUCUACCGACCCUGUCCUUGCCGCCAUCAAGAACGACUUCGGCUCGCCUCUCGCCUUCUGCAAAUGGUGGUCUGGAGCUUCAUACAUCUCCUCCAGUCCCAUCGAUGGCGUCGCUGCCUCCGACAUCAGCAGGGUUUGUGCUUGCGUCAACGCGACGCCGACUCUAGUCGGUAAGACAACGACCAAAGCAAUGGCUUCGCCCACUGGCGUGAGCAAAGUACCCAACUUGGAUGCCCUCCGCAAAUUGGUUGCUCAGCCGCUACCAUUUUGCAAGUUUUGGUUCAAUGCGCAGUCCUUUCACGGCACUCCCUGCCCCGGUAGUGUCACAAGUAUGCAAGGCUAUCACCGCUACACCCACGUUGGUAACCACGUCGUCAAAACCGUCCCACGUUUCUUCGGCAACAAAGAAGACCUCAUCAUCGUUCUCUUCCUCCAGAGUCUCGACCCCUCUAGUUCGAAGCUCUCUUCAUCGACCAAGAUUGCUAGCAGCUCUGCCAAGCCCGUGGCAUCUUCGUCCAGCUCAUCCAGUACCUUGACCAGUGUUGUCAAUGCUUUGCCCACAGCUACCGCAAUAGGAUCUGUCUUCACGGCUUCCGAAGUCACUCUGCCACCAGCCCCCACUGCUACUCUUGGAGCGCUGGUACCUCCAGGCCUCGAUCUGAACAACGUCGAGAACUUGACUCCCGACCCUCAAGCUAGCCUUUACUUUGGCGGUGCGCAAUCCGCCGACAAUGCCACCUCCACUGUCGCCAAGGUCGGCGUUGGUUUCCAGCACCCUUCGGUCGUCCUCGAUCACACCAGUUACAUCAAAAGUGUGCAUUGUGACAACUCGACCAUCACCAUUGUCUUCAACGACGCUUCAGCAUUCCAGCACUCAGGAACUGAGUGGCAGACGGACGGCCAUGUCAUUCUGGUAACCUCAGAGGAUACCUGUGGAGCGAAUGGAACCAGUACUAUGUUCUUGACUGAGUCUUUCACUUUCGACCCUUCAACAUUGAUCGCUAUCGGCAAGGGUCAACAAGCCCACCUGGCUGAUGUGUUUGACACCCUAGACCUUGAUUUCGGCACUAUUACCACUUCGAACACGACCUACGUCCCGAACUGUGGUUCUAUGAACGGCACUAAUGGCACUUUCCCGUCGGCUGCUUGCGGCAGUUCCUUCGAUACAACUCUUGAUCAAGAACUUGGAUACUACAGUGGAGCGGACGCCGACACCGACUCUGUUCUUGCUACUAUCGCCCCUACCAACCAAGCCGUUCUUACCAAGCGAUACAGAAUUUCUCUACCGGUGCCCAAGGUCUUCAAAACAAUUGCAACUGUUGCGAAGGCAGUCGCAGCUCCCGUGGCCAAAGCAGUUGUGAAGAUAUUACCACCAGCGAUCACCAAAGCUGCUACAGAUCUUGGCAAUACACUCAAGUCGGUGGCGUCGUCCGCUGCGUCCCUGAUACCAGCCGUCACACUUUCCAAGUCCUUGGAUGUUCCUCUCAACCUUGGUCCUGCCCAGAACGACCCUUCCCCCUGGGGCAAUCAGUUCAAAUUCUUCGAUCCCGAUUCGAAAAAAGACGCUUCCAUGAUCGCCGCAACCCAGAAAUCUCUCAGUGGCAUGUCUGCAUCACUCAACGGCGUCUCUAAUCCCAAGCCUGGUAUUCAGAUGUACUGCGUUGAUUGCGGUAUCAAGGGUGACUUCAAAGCUGUUGGCACCGUUUCGGCCAGUUUGGCCAAGGGAGUCACCAGAUGCGAUGUCAGUCUUGAUGGUAACCUGUACGCAGGCGUGUUCGUUGGUGUCAAUGCCUUUGCUGCUUAUGAGAAGAAUGUCCAGAAAGAUCUCAUCAACAAAGGUCUCCCUACCCUCAGCAUUCCUGGUAUUGCCGUGCUCGGACCCAAGGUCACUGUCUCCUUGAACAGCAAUCUCAAGGUCCAGGCCGCUGGUCAAAUGCUCAUGGGAGCAUCAAUGUCCUGGCCUGCCAUUCACGCCAACCUCGAUCUCCUUGACAAGACUAAAUCAACUCAGUCGGGUUUCACGCCCGUCAUCACGAAGAAGUUCGAUGCUUGGGGUGACGUAACGGCUUCAGCUUCCUUGGCCCUUCCAGUCACUCUGUUCUUCGGUGUCGACAUCCUGAACGGAAAGUACUCGAAGGGUAUCUCGCUUGUUGAUACUCCUUCUGUCAGCGUGUCUGCUGAGCUAGCCAUUGCUGCUAGCUACGGUACUGGAGCAUCUAACGGCGUCACUAGCUCUACUGGUUGCUUUGGUAUCAAGUACAACAUCGGUCUGUCGAACGACCUUUCAGUCCACCUCCUUGAUAUCAACACCUACACUCUGUCCUCAUACCAAAAGCCCAACCUGGCCAACGGUUGUCUUGGUCGCGCUGUACCUACAGUCAAGCGUACCACCUCUUCCUCUGCUGCUCCCACGUCUACCGAUGACGCAGAUGGUUCUGCGGCUACAGGCGAUUCAGGCUCAAGCUCGUCUGAUGGAAGCAACAGCGGAAGCAGUUCUUCGCCAACCACGACCGAUUCAGGUGAUUCGUCUGCACCUACUGAUGCAGGUAGCCAACCCACUACGUCAGAUGCUGGCAAUCAGCCCACCACUUCUGAUGCCGGAUCGUCUGACCCUGGAAAUGUACAAACUACCACGGAUGCUGGUAGUGCGCAGAGCACGACGAAUGCUGGAAACGCGCAGACCACACCCAACGCUGUGACUACCACUCCACCAUCGUCCUCGUCCACGAUCAGCGUCAUCACUCCCACUCAAAGCGCCCUCAAGUGCGGAGACUACUACACAACUAGCGAUGGUACCUACUGGCAGGUGGCUUGCGGCUUUGACUACCCUGGUCACGACAUCAUGCAUACUCCCUACUCAAACAUGGCUUCUUGUAUUGAUGCAUGUUCAGACUACGGCUCGAGCUGUGUCGGUGUAAUCUGGGUCCAACGUGGCCAAGACGCUCAAAAUUGUUGGUUGAAGAGUGCCAUUCCGAACAAGGGAAGUAUUCCUUCAGGUCUUACCCUCUUCGCCGCUACGCCCGUGACCUACGCCCCAUUGGCAUCGUGUCCGGGCGCCGACGGCACCACCUUUGUUGAUGCCCAAAAGCAAGUCUACCAGAUCAAGUGCUCUGCAGACUACCAGGGUUACGAUCUUGGAGGUUUGACUGGCUACUCCAACAUGGAGGCCUGCAUCAACUACUGUGACACUAAUCUGGACUGUAUCGGUGUGUCUUAUGCUUACAGCGGCACUUACAAGACACCUCUCUGCUACCCUAAGUACGACAUCACUACCUCACCACUCAAUGCUACAAAGUUCAGAUACAAGGUGGACUCCGCUAUCAAAAUGAACAGACCAGCCAAGAAGGCUCUUGGCUCAUGUCCUUCGAUCGACGGUAGUACGUUCUACGACGCUGCUGGAAAGUAUUACCAGAUAAGCUGUGGUCUCGACUUCGAGGGUAACGACAUCAUCGAGAAGGACGGUAUGUCGACUCUUGAGCAGUGUAUCAACGCUUGCGAUGCCACGUCGGGAUGUACAGGCGUUGGCUUCGCUCACGACGGAUACUACGGGAGCAACCCUGGCUGUUACCUGAAGAGCGCUCAGUCGAGCAAUCCCAUCAACAGCACGACUGAUCUUUCGUACAUUGUUGAUUCUGCGUUUUUGGUGGGCGGCUUGCCCUCCUCGAAAAAGAGAGAUGUGGCUGCCAACGUCAAGAUUGUUUCUUUGACCUCGUCCUCUUCGUCGACAUCAUUGUCGAGUACCUCAGUCUCUUCCACUACUUCAUCAAGCUUGUCUUUGUCAUCAACCUCCUCCGUGUCGACUGCGUCAAGAACUUCAACUAGCUCUUCCGCCUUGACAACUUCAUCUGCCACUCUGAGCAAAUCGAGCUCCAUAUCCAGCUCUAAGACAAUUUCAUCUACCUCCUCCUCAGCCAGCGCCUCAGGCACUAGUGGUUCUGUCACCGCCUUGCUUGCAGUCGAUACCCUGGGUAACUUCUUCUUCCCUGUCUUGUGCUCAUUCGAGGGUGCACAGCAGGCCAAGGUCUUCCUUGUCAAGGAGUCCACGGCUGAUUUGAGCUUUAUCGCGGCUCAACAGCUGAGAUUUACUAUGACUGGUGGUGUUGUUAGCUCUUGCAAUCCGUUGGCGUUGACGUCCAAGAGCCUCCAAGCAUUUGCCUGA